AUGCCUCAGAUUUCAAACACUCCAGAAUCUUUGCUUCCUCGCUCAGAUUCUCGAAACCCAGCGACAACAUGUAGAGGCAUAACCGCCCAAGGCCGGCCCUGCCGCCGCUCUUUGGCAUCUCCAAAUCCAUCGCCUGCUUCUACUCCCCGAAAGAAGGAUCCUCGCCAGGAAGCUAUAGAUGCGGCAUCUUUGUACUGCUGGCAGCACAAAGAUCAAGAUUCAUCAGUGAAUCCACAUACGACUGUCCUCACUCCGUCCAAGACGAGGACAAGCAUCGAUACAUUAAUGGGUCGACUGGGUGUGCUCGAAAUAAACGAUGACCCAGUCUCUCCAAAGCCAAAGCCUCCCCACAAACGGUGGGCAAAUCAAAGCAGGCCCAGUCAAAAGCGCCGACCGAAGAAAAAGACCACCUUUUGCUGUUUCCAGAUCGUGGAAGACAGCGGCGAGGACGACAGACCGGCCUCAGUCCAACGGCCUAAACCCCCUACAAGUGGUGUUUCGCCUUCCUCAAAUCCGAAUCAAAAGAUCAAACUGCCCGCCUCAGCCGGAAGGCCACAGCAUACGCAAGUGUCACCAACUCCAACAUCCCGACCAUCUACGGGGAAGCCUUCACAGCCCUUAUCGUCGUGGAUCCCGUCUACAGUUUCCCCGCAGACAACAUCCACUCUUGUAGCAGAACUGGCCAAACCGAUCUCUAGCGCCGACGACGAAGGCUAUAUCUAUAUGUUCUGGGUGACACCCCAAACAACUACCACACAACGGAGCGCUGAAUCCACAUCAACGCGAGACAUAGCAUCUUCCCCACUACCCCAAUCCCCACAAAGUAGCAACCAUCUUCACCCACCCAGCCAGCCACGCAGCGUCAGUGAGGCAAUCCGUGCAGCACGGGACCUCAAUGCCCUCACCUCAAACCCAACAUCAACCACGGCCGGAACGCUUAGGCUGAAGAUCGGACGCACGAGCAAUGUACACCGUCGACUCGCUGAAUGGAGUAAACAGUGCUCGUACGACUUGACCUUGAUCCGUUAUUACCCUUACACGCCAUCGUCAUCCUCGUCAUCUUCCCCUGCUAGGGUGGUGCCAUCCCAAAACAGCCGCAAUAGGGCGCCUUCGGCCUCUUUAGUAGCUGGAAGGAAAGUCCCGCAUGUGCAUCGCGUGGAACGACUCAUUCACCUUGAGCUGGCAGAUCUGCGCGUGCGAGACUUAGGACAGUGUCCUGAGUGCGGGAAGGAGCAUCGGGAAUGGUUUGAGGUCGAGGCUGAGAAGGAGUCCCUAAGGAGAGUGGAUGAAUGUAUCCGACGAUGGGUCUCCUGGGCCGAGUCGAUUCCUUGA